ACAGGGGUGAACACCGUUAUCUUUCCUCCACUGCCUCCCUCCGUGGGCUGUAACUCCACCAGGAUCCCAAGUGGCUGCAGUUGCAAUUAAGGAACCACGCCUGUUGCUCUCUAAUUUCCCUGAAUUUGCAGUACUUAUACUAGCCUUCCCUGGAGCACAAAUUGUCUCCUCAGCUUGCUCGUCCUGAAAACUUCAUAUCCAUUGGAUGAUUUUUUCCCCAUUUAUUACUUUAUUAUCGCGAGAGCAUACAUUACGGUCCUUGCAGGGCUGAUUCUGACCACUGCUUUCGGGCUGGGAGGUAAUAGUCCAGACGGUCACCCGCAUUUUGUCCGGGGAGAAAACAAACAAUUACAGCAAUGGAGUACCUCAAGUUUUGUUUUUUUCUGUUUUCAUGCUGGGUGAAGUUUGCAAAUUGCGUGUACUCUACUGAAACACCUCAAGCUCCUGCGCCUAUUCCUAAAGAGAAAUUGCUCGUCUUAACUGUUGCAACAGAGGAGACAGAUGGCUUCCUCCGCUUUAUGCAGUCUGCAAACUAUUUCAAGUACACUGUGAAGGUGUUGGGAAUGGGAGACACAUGGAAGGGUGGUGAUGUGGGUCGUUCCAUCGGUGGAGGGCAAAAAGUCAGACUACUGAAGGAGGCCAUGGAGGCGGUGGCUGACCAGGAGGAUCUUGUUGUCCUUACCGUGGAUAGCUAUGAUCUUAUCUUUGCCGGGGGACCAGAAGAAAUUCUCAGGAAGUUCCAGCAAGCCAAUCACAAAGUGCUUUUUGCCGCAGAGGGACUGAUAUGGCCAGAUAAGCGGCUAGCUGAUAAGUACCCCUCAGUCCGCAGUGGCAAGCGCUACCUCAACUCUGGAGGUAUAAUUGGCUACGCCCCAUACAUGAACAGACUUGUUUCACAGUGGAACCUCCAUGACAACGAUGAUGACCAGCUUUUCUACACCAAAAUCUACGUGGAUCCUUUACAGCGACAAACUCUUAAUAUGACUUUGGACCACAAGUGUCAGAUUUUCCAGAACCUUAAUGGCGCUGUUGAUGAGGUGCUCCUCAAGUUUGGAACGGACCGCGUAAGAGUUAGAAACACAGUGUACGACUCCCUGCCAGUGGUCGUCCAUGGCAACGGAAACACCAAAAUGUACUUGAACUACUUAGCCAACUAUGUCCCCAAUACAUGGAACUAUGAAAAUGGCUGUAGCAACUGUGAUGAUGAUAUGUUGGACCUGACCCAGCUAAAAGAGUAUCCGAAUGUGUUGGUUGGAGUUUUCAUUGAGCAGCCAACUCCAUUUCUUCCUGAGUUCUUCCAGCGACUUCUGACCCUGGACUAUCCCAAAGAUAAACUCAAAGUUUUUGUCCAUAAUAAUGAGGUUUACCACGAGAAGCACAUCCAGAAGUUCUGGGAAGAAAACAGGAACGUUUUCAACAGUUUCAAAGUUGUGGGGCCAGAAGAAAAUCUGAGCCAAGGAGAGGCCAGGAACAUGGGCAUGGAUCUUUGCCGAAAGGAUUCCACAUGCGACUACUACUACAGCAUUGACUCAGAUGUGAUGCUCACCAACAGACAGACACUGAAGCUCCUCAUUGAGCAGAACAGAAAAAUAAUUGGUCCCCUUGUCACUCGUCACGGCAAGCUGUGGUCCAACUUCUGGGGAGCCUUGAGUCUGGAUGGUUAUUACGCUCGCUCUGAAGAUUAUAUCGACAUUGUGCAGAGAAAACGUGUGGGUGUGUGGAACAUUCCUUUCAUGGCACAUACAUACCUUGUCAAGGGCACUGCCUUGAGGAAUGAACUGAAAGAGAGGAACUACUUUGUGCUGGAGAAACUAGACCCUGAUAUGGCUUUUUGUAGAAACGCCAGAGAAAUGACCAGUCACAGAGAAAAAGACUCCCCUUCUCCGGAAUCAUUCCAUAUGCUCAGGCCCCCAAAGGGAGUCUUCAUGUACAUAACAAACCGUCACGAAUUCGGGAGGCUCAUUUCCACAGCCAAUUAUAACAUUUCUCAUUAUAACAAUGACUUGUGGCAGAUAUUUGAAAACCCUGUGGACUGGAGAGAGAAGUACAUCCACCAAAACUACACUCAAAUUUUUACUGAGAACUACUUGGAGGAGCCUUGUCCAGAUGUGUUCUGGUUCCCAGUCUUCUCAGUGAAGGCCUGUGAUGAACUAGUUGAGGAGAUGGAGCACUAUGGUUCAUGGUCUGGAGGCAAACAUCAGGACCAGCGGAUCGCCGGCGGCUAUGAGACCGUGCCGACAGACGACAUUCAUAUGAAGCAAAUCGGCUAUGACAAAGAAUGGCUUCACUUCAUCCGAGAGUUCAUAUCACCCAUCACGUUAAAAGUUUUCUCUGGCUACUUCACCAAGGGUUACGCCCUAAUGAACUUUGUGGUAAAAUACACGCCUGAGAGACAAGCGUACUUGAGGCCCCAUCAUGACUCCUCCACCUUCACCAUCAACAUCGCUCUCAAUAACAAAGACACAGACUUUCAGGGUGGGGGUUGUCGUUUCCAUAGGUACAACUGCUCCAUAGAUUCGCCAAGGAAAGGCUGGAGCUUCAUGCAUCCAGGGCGACUGACUCACCUCCACGAAGGCCUGCCCACCACCAACGGCACCCGCUACAUUGCAGUGUCCUUCAUUGACCCUUGAACCAUCUAAUUAUGCUGUAAAUUACUCUUUUGACCUUGCUUUGCUUUUUUCCCCCUCCAGUCAAGUUUGUUUUGUUUUGUCAUGUGAUGUUUUGUGCCCCCAUAUGUUUUGCUGAUGCAAUUCGAUUUCAAAGCAAAAGCUUUAAAAGGAUAAAUAAUUGCAUUAAAGGAAUCUCUGUUAAACAGAGUGGAGAAGAAAUGGACAAAAGUUCACUCUUAAGAUACACAAAUACAGAAAAAUAUGUUAGCAGGGUACACAAUUGGGCCACACUCCCAUCCUACCUGGAAUUAUUAGUACUGUAACUUGUCAUGAUUUCCACACUACUGAUUUUACGUUGUCAUGGUAACCUUCAUUAAAACACACUGGUAGUUUUGCUGGCAGUUAGCCGUUAAUUGCUAGCAUGCAGAUGGCUGUUGUGUAUUUAUGUGUGUUUCAGGUUAAAUGUCACUGAG